GUGAAAUUUUCUACUUCAUUGUUCAGGUUUGCCAACAGAGAACGUAAAGAAUUUAGAAUUUGCUUGUGAUUGAUUUAGUGUAUUGUUUGAAUCAAAUUUCGCCAUCUCAAAAUAAUUUUAUGUUCGGAGGGUAUUAGUUGAAGAGGUGCGUUUAUUAAAUGAAGCUGAAUCUGUUUUUAAUUCAUGUUUUGAAGUACACUUGAGGCGGGAUGAGCUCCAGCGUGUGCUACCGGUGCAACCGCACCGGCCACUUUGCGCGCGAGUGUCCCGAGGGGGGCGGGGCAGACCGCCGCGCGGCGCAGCAGAAGUGCUACAAGUGUAACCGCAUGGGACACUUUGCCCGGGACUGCAAGGAGGAGCAGGACCGCUGCUACCGCUGCAACGGCACGGGGCACAUCGCCCGGGACUGCCAGCAGGCCCCAGGAGAGCCGUCCUGCUACAACUGCUCCAAGACGGGCCACAUCGCCCGCGACUGCCCCGAGACGGCGUCCGCGGGACCGUCCUGCUACAACUGCUCCAAGCCGGGCCACAUCGCUCGUGACUGCCCCACCGCCGGCUCCAAGUCCUGCUACAAGUGCGGCAAGACGGGGCACAUCAGCCGCGACUGCGACGGCGACAACUAGCCAUCUCCCCUCGACGUGGCCCACCUCAUCCUUCCGGCCGUGCGUGUGCUUGCAAGUUCGGUUUCUCUUUGUCAGAUUUCAGUUGAUGUGUAAAUAGUAAGGUUUCCUGUUUCAAAUAGCAUUAUUUCAUGACCAUAAUUAAAUUUUUUAAUGAGAAUUUAUGUUUAAGAAAUAGCAUUUCACAUAAUCACGGAAAAAUGUAUAAAAAUGUUAUUUGUAUGAUGGUUCUUAGUUAGGGAAGGAUUAUCUGACAUGUUGAUUGUUAUUUUUUUUGCUGUUUAAUCCAAACAGAUGAUUAUUAUUUUGUUUCCAUUUUUAGUAGGUAGUAAAAUUGGAAAAUAAUGUUUUUUUUUUUUUUUUUGGGGAUGAAAUCUUUUAUGUAUUACUUGUAUUCCUGUGCAGUAGAAGAACCCAAGUAUGCUGAAUAACAGAUUUAUUAUUUAUGAACAAAUUUCAAAUAAGCUGAUUCUGUAUUUAUGUUACUAAGUUGUAUGCUUGAAUAUAUACAUAUAUUUCUUGUCCAUUGAAAA